GGUUUCUCGUACCUCACAUUCUAACAAACAACAGAAAACAAACAGAGGACCAUUUUCUCCAUCCCUCUCUCACACUCGACCUUCUUUCUCUCUUAUUCAACAUAAGUCCUUACCCUCAUGUCGUAAAUCAUGGAAUCCAAGCCAUGAGAUCUAACCGAAACGGAAAUGGCUGGGAAUAGGGGAUGCCGAUGAAUGCCGCUCCGGCAUCAGGGCGGCGCGGUAGAGGGUCGUGUCGUGCGGAGGAUUGAGGGGUUGGUCGUCAUGGUCGAAUCGUGAGAGAGUGGUUCGCGGUCAGAAACGCGAUGGUUGCCGGAUGGAGGGACCAUGGUCACCGUCGGUUCUUCGGCGGUGAGAAACGCGGUUCGAUGAGUCGUCCAAAUCUAUGGUGGUCGGCGGAGCUCACGGCGGCGCGGCUAUGGCGAGGGUGGGGAGUGACGCGUCGAUCCCAUCGAUCUCGUCGUGAGGUUGACUUCCGUUUCUCAACAGUUUCUGAAUCUUCCAACAACUGGUUUGCGUUUUGGCUCAAUUCUGCUUGGAUUCAUGACUAUCAAUUCAAUCUUCGACUCAUUUUAUUGUAUAGAGAUUUGUAUUAUGGCGUUUAUAUUCGUUUAGAAAGGCUAUGUUAGUAAUGAAUAUAAGGAUUUUGCAGGAACAUCCUGUGCUAUUUGUAAGAAAAAAAAAAUAGUGUGUGGUUGUUAUCAUUAGUGCUUCUAAAAAAUGUGUAGUAUAUGUAGGUUUGUUUAUAAACAACUCUUGGAUAAAUAACUUUAACUAGAAAUAAAUCCCCCAUCCCUUUUUUAAUA